UUGGCGUUCGGUGGCCUCUACAUUGGGGUCAAUGGCUGCUCCCUGAAGACUGAGGAAAAGGCCGAAGUGGUUCGGCAGCUGCCAAAUGAUCGCAUAAUGCUGGAAACAGACUGUCCCUGGUGUGGAAUACGGUCAUCGCAUGCGGGCCAUAAGCACGUGAGCACAAAGUUUCCCACCGUCAAGAAGAAGGAGAAAUGGACAGCCGAAUCUCUGAUAGACGGACUCUGUGAGCCCUGCCAGAUCAGCCAAGUUCUCGAGGCCAUUGCGGGCAUUAAGCAGGAGCCCAAGGAGAAGCUGGCUGAGAUCUACUAUCAAAACACUUUGAAUGUGUUCUUCAGCCGAACAGGGAAAACCAGAACCGAAUAAAACCAAUUGCAGUUACAUUCAAUGCGUUUACAUAUAUUUUAUUAUUGUUUGUCAUGUCUAGAUGCAAAUGAAUUGAAAAAUACGCUUUACAACUUG